UUUAUAUCUAUCAGCCAUAGAUUCUUGUUCCUGGUGACAAAUGUCAUUGAGUAAUUAGUAAUUAGAGAUGACGUCAUAUUAUCUUUAGUUUACUGUCCCUGCUACUAGGCGGCUGUUCAAUCUUUCCAACAUAAAAUACAAUCCAAGUGACAUUUACUAUGCGGGGAAAUUAAUGUCAGGAUGCUUAUCAGACUACUGACCGUCAUUCUUGUGAUAUCCCACACUUGGCUGUUAGACACCGCUGUGUCAGACCAUGUUCUGCGCUAUAAGCAGAGUCUGUUGCAGAAAGAAGCCAAGAAACAGCCUGCAGAGGAGCAGUGCGGCUCAGUCAGCUUCAAUGUCCCUGCAGCCCGACACUAUCUUCUAGCAGGCAUGCCAGGCAAGUACACCCGUCUGCCAGGCCUCUAUCUGAAAUCAGUGCUGAACACAGGCUUCGGCUCAGAUAAAUACAGUUCUGAUAGAAACAAUGUUCCUGGAAUGUUUGAUGAAAGUGAUGACCAAGAAAAACAUGGUGAUAACUCGCUACUUAUAGCAAAUGGAGUGCAGCUCACUUCUUAUCCUAAACCAUGGGGCAGUGGCAGUCAAGAAAAAAAUGUUGAUGGUUCACCACUAAAGUCGAACCAAAGGACAGGUUCAGAACUUAAAGAAGCACAGGAUUCCUCAUAUGUUGACAAAUCACUGAAAAUGACAAAUUCAACCUCUAAAUCAGCAUCAGUUAUGGAAGAACUCCAAAGCACGCAGAUCUGGAUGAAAAGCAGGGAUAUUUCCUCUUCAGCUAGAAGAGUGCGUCGCAGUUCUGUAAAGUUCACCAGUGAAGAGAACAAGCCUUUAUGGGAAGGGAAUGAGGACUACUCUGGGGAGGUGGAAGGAAAGAACAGACCCGCCGCAGAAUUGUUGCGUGCCAAGAUCCAUAACGUCCCACCGACGUGGAUGACGGCUCUGUAUUUCAGUCAGAGGGAGCAGCUGAAGGUGAAUCCAGCAGCCAGAGUGGAGCUUCCUCGCUCCAGCUUCACACUGGAACUGUGGGUCAAGCCUGAGGGAGGUCAGAACAAUCCAGUCCUUAUAGCAGGUGUGUUUGACAACUGCUCCAGCCACAGUGAAAAAGGGUGGUCUGUUGGCAUCCGGACGUCCAAGCCCAUGGGGAAAAAAGAUAGCUGCUUCUUCUUCACUCUUCGUACGGACCGUGCCCUAAGAUCCACCACUCUCACUGGACAUCAGCAUUACCAGCCAGGUGCCUGGACUCAUGUGGUUGCCAGGUAUGAUGGCCAGAGAAUGGCACUAAUUAUAGAUGGUGCCAAGGUUAGAGAGAGCACACAGCAGUCUGGUGAUCUAUACAGCCCUUUUAUCAAGACCUGUCGCACAUUUUUGCUGGGAGGUAACCUCUCUAACCCAGAACAAGGCUUUCGAGGUUAUCUAGGAGGUGUUGUCCUGUGGGAUCAUGCUCGCAGUAGGAACGAGCUAUUUAAAAGUGAUGUGUGGCGUUCAAAUAAACAGAACCCCCUUCUAGAACUAUGGGCUGACUUUUCCAUGAUGGAGGAACAAUGGCUGCCAUACAAAGCCAGUCAACACCCAGCCGUCGUGGUCUUACCAGCACCAGAGCAGGAGCUGAUUUCACCUUUCCUGCCUCCUCCUUGUGGUGUGACAGUUUGUGACAAUCCAGAUGUUAUCCUGAGCUACAACCAGAACUGGGAGCUGAGAGCUUCAAAAUGGCUAAGAUACCGUGUGGUAAAUGUGUGUAAUGAUGAUGGUAGCAGUCCCACUGUGUCAGAGCAGCAGAUUGUUCUCCAGAAGCAGGCACUGGAAGAUGCUUUUGGACCAUACAACCUGACACUAGAGCUCAGUGUAAUUAAUGUGUACAACUCAUCAUUGCGGCGACGCCUUGUGCUCAGCAACUGCCAUGUUACCAAGGUGGGAGACCGUCACUGUGACCGGGAAUGUGACCACCCACUCACAGGCCAUGAUGGAGGUGACUGUCUGCGCCCUAGCACCUGCUACAGCUGGAUGAGGGGUGAUGGGACGUGUCAGCCUGAGUGCAACACCAUCUACUACGACUAUGAUGAUGGUGACUGCUGUGAUCCGCAGAUCACCGAUGUCACAAGAACAUGUUUUGACCCUGAGUCACCUGAAAGGGCUUACCUGAGUGUGAAGGAACUGAAAGAAAUGCUUCACCUUAACAGUUCAGAUGCACUCAAUGUGUUCUUUGCCAAAUCAGCUCAGGAGGAACUUGCUGGUGCUGCUACGUGGCCAUGGGCCAAGGAGGCCCUUACACAUCAAGGUGGAAUGAUACUGAAUCCAUCCUAUUUUGGCACUGUUGGUCACAACAAUACCAUGAUACAUGAGAUGGGCCACAUAUUUGGGCUGUACCAUGUCUUCAAAGGGGUGAGUGAGCGUGAGUCGUGUGAUGACCCAUGUCAAGAGACCAUAGCAUCCAUGGAAACUGGAGAUUUCUGUGCUGACACAGCUCCAACCCCAAAAUCAAAAGCAUGUCAAGAUCCUGGCCUGGUCAAUGACACCUGCGGGUCUAAGUACUACCAUAAUACACCCUACAACAACUACAUGAGUUACACAGAUGAUAACUGCACCAACCACUUCACCUCAAACCAAGUAGCUCGGAUGCACUGCUACGUUGACCUGGUGUACAAAAACUGGGUUCAAGACAGAACACCCACUCCCAUUCCUCUUCCACCAAUGGUGACUGGCCAAGAUGAUGACACUGUGUCCAUUCACUGGUUGCAUCCAAUAAGUGGGCCUCUCAUGCAAAGGGAGGAGGGAGUGAACUGUCAGUUGUGUGAUGAACAUGGAGCACUUCAUCAGUAUGCUUACAAAGCCACCUCACCCCAUUCCUGCGACAGCAGUGGUUACUGGACGCCUGAAGAGGCUGUGGGUGCUCCUGAUGUUUAUCAGCCAUGUGAACCCAGCAUGCACUCCUGGAGCCCUGAGUUCAGCCUGUAUGAGGCCAAUAUGAGUUCUCCGUGUCUUCAGACUGGUGGAUGUGUUCUGCAAUUGUACUUUCAGCAUGCAGUAGUUCCAGAGACACUAACCGUAUGGAUCACCUACCUCUCCUCCAGCAAUCAGGCCAUCUCUGAUCUGGAGUUUAUCCUGGAGUCUGGUGAAUCCAUUCACACUGGCCCCCAAAAUGUAUUCUGUGAUAUUCCUUUCACUCUGCGUGCCACCCUUAGCAAGAAAGUAAAAUCUGUAAAAAUCUCGACCUUUGAUAAGAAACUGGAGGUCGACGCUGUGCUUCUGACUUCACAACCCCAGAAUCCUCUUUGCUCUGUCUGUCGUCCACUCAUUUACCAUGUUAUACGGGAUCCACCCAUACCAGGAGGCAGAGGCUCCAUCACAUUAAAACAGUCCACGUACACAGACAGUGAUGUACAGAAAGGGGUGCGGUAUGAGUACAGGGUCCAGGUGGAGGCCGAAGGUUUACGCAGUGAACUCUCUCCUCCUUUGGUCUACACCCAUGGAGAACCUUUCUGUGGGGAUGGACGACUGCAAAGGAUGGAAGAGUGUGACGAUGGGAAUCUCUUAGAUAGGGAUGGCUGCUCCAAAAAGUGCACCAUGGAGCCAGGCUUCAACUGUGUGGGUCAGCCCAGCCAUUGCUACUUUCAUGAUGGUGAUGGUGUGUGUGAGGAAUUUGAGAGAGGCUUCAGUGUUCAGGACUGUGGCUUCUUUACCCCAAAUGGCUUCAUCGACCAAUGGGCUUCUAAUGCAACAGCUUCCCAUCAGGACUGGCGGUGCCCUGCAUUGUCUGCAACAGGGGAACCCAAUCUCACUCUGAUGUGCAGAUCUCAGUAUGUUGAAAUGAAUGAUGCACUGAUGCGGGAUGCCUGGGUCCCCUGCACAGCCUUGUCUCAACUCAGCAGUUACAAUGGCCAGGAGCAGCCUGUGUGGCUUAGGGUGGGAUUUGAGAGGCCUGGGGUUGCAGCCUCCAUUCUCCUCUAUCUGGCCUAUGAUGGAGAAAUGCAGAACACUGGACAGCAGUGCAAGAAAACAGUGUCUAUCCAACUCUGUGACACUAAUGGCAAAAACCACAUACUUGGUACCUAUGAGCUGUCAUGCCAGCGUAAUCCCUUGGUGGUAAAUGUGACCCACAACCUGAGCACACCCUUCUUCCAGACUGCUGCUUUGUUGCUGAACUUCUCUACUGUUCAUGUGGCAGUGCUAGGUGUGGCACUGCGUACAUCCUGCCAUCUCAGUCCCCUCGCCCUGACUGGGUGUGUGCGAAGACCAUGCACUGUGGACUCCUGCAGUGCUGUCAAAGUAGAGCACGCUUCAGUUAACUGCACCCCCAUUCUGGACCCCACACACUGUUCCAUUACAUGCCACAGAGGAUACACACUGCACAGCCUCAGUGGCUUGGGCUUUUAUCUGCAACAGAAAGCUGUAGAGCUGAGCUGCGUCAAUGGCGUUUGGGACCGUGUGGUGAGCUGUGAGCCAGUAGACUGUGGUCUGCCUGAUAACUCUCAUGUCUAUUUUGCCUCAUUCACUUGUCCUUGGGGUACUACUUUUGGCAAGCAGUGCACGUUCUCCUGCAACUCACCAUCCACAUUGCAAGGUGAAAGCAAUACAUUGGCCUGUCUUGAGGAUGGACUGUGGUCAUUCCCUGAAGCAUAUUGCAAGAUUGAGUGUCAGGAACCACCUGUUGUCCCCAAUGCUAAGCUCUUGGUGCCGCAGUGCAGUGGCAAGAGGCAUGAUGUGGGUACAGUGUGCCGAUACAAAUGCAACCCUGGACACUACGUUACGGGUACCCUGACCAAAAAGCCAAGGAAGAGGUUUCUGAAGCUGGAGUGUUUAGAGGGUGGCAGAUGGCAGACGAGUGGCUGUUCCCCUGUCUCAUGCCCUGCUCUGCCUGCCAUGUUUGAAGGCAUGUAUACAUGUACGGAUAACCUUAACUAUGAUAGCGUGUGUACUCUACACUGCCCUGUUCCUACAGAGAAGUACUCAAUCCGCUGCACAAAGGAUGGCCACUGGACUGAGGCUUUCUCAAUGUGUAAGACAAUGGGAGGAUUGUGCGAGGUCCCUUUAGCUAUCAACAUGGUCGAGUACACCUGUGAUGAGGGAUAUGGCAUCGGUGCAGUCUGCUACCCUGUAUGUGUUGUCCCAUUGAGUGACCCUGUGAUGUUGCCCAAUAACUCCACGGCUGAUACACUCAAACACUGGAUCCUUCCUACCAGGGUUCAGAGCAUUGUAUGUACAGGCACAAUGAAAUGGCACCCCAACCCUGAACAGAUCCACUGCAUUCAGUCCUGUGAGCCAUUUGGUGGAGAUGGCUGGUGUGAUACCAUUAACAACCGAGCCUACUGCCAGUACGAUGGAGGAGAUUGCUGUCCAUCCACUCUCUCUACCAAAAAGGUCAUCCAGUUUGGCGUGGACUGUGACCUUGACGAAUGCACAUGUCGUGACCCCGAGGCUGAAGAGAACAAGGGAAGAACGGGAGAGUCUGAGGCACAAGGACCAUAAAGAGAGGAAUGGACUCAAAACAAAAAUCGAGAGGCAUGGAGGAGUGUGUAUAAUGGUGACACAAGAAUUAAAACCAGCACAAACUGAAACAUGCAAUCUUAUUAAAUUUAUACUAAUCAAUCAGUACUAAUCUAUACAUAUGUAUUUGAAGAAACUGACAUUUAUGUACGUAGAUGUAGAUAUGACCUGCUUUAUCAUUUUUGUCUAAUAAGCAUUUAUUCCCACUGAAAGUUCUCAGUUUUUAAUCUAGAUCAUCUGAAAGUUAUAGUAAUAUUGUACUGUUAGUGCUUGGGUGUUUUGUGCCACAUGCUCUGCUAAGAAAUUUAAGGCAGUCUAUAUUAUUGGUAGUCACCUGUGUAGUACUGUAUAUGCAUGAAUGCUUUGAAAAGUAGCAGAUUCAAUUACGGAUGAAAGUGUAUGACAUGCUGUUAUGUGUCAUUCUGUAAAUGUAUGAUUUUACUGAUG